AUGCCGGCUGUAGCGGCUAUGCCCACUGUAGCGACUCUGCCGGCUGUAGCGGCUGUAGCUCCUGUGGCGGCUGUAGCGCCUGUGGCUGCUGUAGCGGCUACGGCGGAGUGGAACAUGUACUUGCUGAGCGCGCCGCUGAGCUCGAGCCUGCAGCAGCGCGGCAAGCAGCAGCGAUCGUCACCGUCGAUUCGAGCGUCGUCCGGGUCGCCGCAAGUGUCGGUAACAGGUGCUACUGCUGCUGGGGGUGCUGGCGACGGUGCUGCUGCUGCUGCUGCUGCUGCUGCUGCUUCUCCCGCUCUUGCGUCUCCUGCUGUUGCUUCUCCCCCCUUCAUCGAGUCCCCUGUCGCCGCAACCCCUCCCUCCAUUGCGUUUCCCACCGUUGCCGCUCCAACCUUCAUCGAGUCUCACGCCAUUGCAUCUCCCUUAAUCGCUACACCCGCCCUCACCACUUACGCGGACAGCACCGGCCCUACUGUUGCUGCUGCUGCUGCUGCUGCUGCUGCUGUUGGUGGCAGUAGCAGUAGUAGUGGCGUCAAGGAGGGAGGAGUACUUAGUGCAGAGAUGGAGGCUCUGGAAAAGGCUAUUACAGGGUUCUCACGGGGUGCUUCUAACGAGGAUAGGGUUGCUGUAGGGUCUGGUGGUUCGGCAGUAGGAGUACCUCACCUGAGGGCAAUUCAGCCGAAGCAGAACCAUCAACCAAGAGUGAUUCAACCAAGAGUGAUUCAACCGAGAGUGAUGGAGCAGCAGCAGCAGCAGAGAGUGGAGGCGGUGCCGAGGGCAGUGAGUGAGUUUGGUGACACGGAGAGUGUGCGCGACAUGGCGAGUGGGCGGGUGUCGGAUGAGGGGUUGCAACAAGGCCUGCUGCAGCUGGCUGAAGCCGUGGCCACAGGUGACCAGCCGCGAAUGGUGUCUUUGACUCGUCGCCUGCGUCCGCUCUCCUCCCCCUACGGCACGCCCAUGCAGCGCGUCUCACACUACCUGCUCACUGCCCUCGCCAAGAGGGCUGCAGGCGCUCUGGGUACCGACUACAUUGCUUAUCUCAGCCGCGCUCCCGAGCUGAUGGUGAUGCCUCAAGAGCUGAUGGUGAUGCCUCAAGAGCUGAUGGUGAGGCCUCAAGAGCUGAUGGUGAUGCCUCAAGAGCUGAUGGUGAUGCCUCAAGAGCUGAUGGUGAUGCCUCAAGAGCUGAUGGUGAUGCCUCAAGAGCUGAUGGUGAUGCCUCAAGAGCUGAUGGUGAUGCCUCAAGAGCUGAUGGUGAUGCCUCAAGAGCUGAUGGUGAUGCCUCAAGAGCUGAUGGUGAUGCCUCAAGAGCUGAUGGUGAUGCCUCAAGAGCUGAUGGUGAUGCCUCAAGAGCUGAUGUUGAUGGUGCUGCACCUGCUGUCGCCCACCACCUGCUCCCUCUCCAAUUCUCUCCAUCCCUCUCCAUCCCUCUCCAUCCCUCUCCAUCCCUCUCCGUCCCUCUCCAUCCCUCUCCGUCCCUCUCCAUCCCUCUCCGUCCCUCUCCAUCCCUUUCCACCCCUCUCCACCACAGGAGGAAGCGUUGAUUCUGGCGUUUGCAGCGCACUGCCCCACGCUGCAGUUCUGCUACUCCGCCCUGGCCUGUGCCAUGCUGGUGAGGCGUACAGAGCGGUGGUGAGGUGUGCUGAGCGGUGGGCGGUGGUAAGGCGUGCAGAGUGGUGGUGGGGAGUGAAGAUGGCCGGUAGGGACGCGGCAGAAGACGAGACCAACAUCACCCACAUUGUCGACUUUGCCAUUGGUGCAAUGCAAACCCCCUCCCACACUCUCCCCGGCUCCCCUCCCUUCCACAAACCCCUCUUCCUCCCUUGCUGCAGGACGCGGCAGAGGAUAAGCCAAACACCCACAUCGUUGGCUUCGUUGACUUCACUGGCCGUCAUCGUCGACUUUGCCGACGCGGCAGAGGAUGAGUCCAACAUCCACAUCGUUGACUUUGCCAUGUGGGCAGGCCAGUGGCCAAUCGUCAUCCGCCAGCUGGCGGCAGCUGCCCGGAAAAGAAUGGCCGCAGCAGCUGUUACCAUCAACAGCCAUAACAGCAGCAGCAGCAGCGGCAGCAGCAGCAGCAGCGUUGGUAUCUGUGACAGUACUGCUGCUACCACCAGCCAUGCUUCCAAAUCACCAUCCGCCUCCCACCCUUCUCCGUCCCAGCCAACCUCCGCCCACCACUCCCCCUCACCCUCGUCAUCCCCUUCUCCCACACCCCUGCAAGGUCCUUGUACCUCUGCGCCUUCUCCCAUCCCUCCCUGCUUUCUCCGGAUCCGAUUCACAGCUGUAGACCCUCCUUUCGGUCAUCCCUAUGGGACUGGCCCGAAGCUUCCUGCGGCCUUCCUGCAGGCUGAGCUGGCGCGGGCGGCGCAGGAGUGCGGCGUGAGCUUGUCCUUUUCCCGGGUCGAGGCGGCGCCGGAGACGCUGCGGGCGGCGGCGAUUGGAGUGGAGCGGGGCGAGUGUGUGCUGGUGAACGUGGCUGGGCGGCUGGCGUGUGUUGCAGAUUCUACAGUUCUCAGGCACAGCCCAAAGGAUACAGCAAUAAAGGCAAUCAUGCAGCUAGACCCCAAGGUGGUGUCGUUAGUCGAGUGGGACUCCAACCAACAACAACCCUUCUUUCUCCACCGUUUCAAAGACGCUCUCCUCUUCUUCCACAACAUCUUCGCCUCCCACGACGCACUCGCCUCGCGCUUCUCCUUUGGCCGCCGCGGCUUCGAGGAGUUCGUUCUCGCACGGGAAAUGGUGAACCUGGUGGCGUGCGAAGGCAUGCAGAGGCUGGUGCGAGCAGAGAGGUUGGAUCAGAUGCACACGCGGAUGGGGAGGUUGGGGGUGGCGGCACGGCCGUACAGCAAGAGGAGCAUGUGGGGGUUGAGAGAGCUGAUCGCGCCGUAUCCUAAAGGGUUUGCGGUUGAGAGGCAUCCGCAGGGGGGCGUGCGCCUGCUGUGGAAUGGUCAGUCGAUUCUGGGUGCCUCUGCUUGGACCCCUGGGGGAGGAGAUGGGAGGAAAUGA